AUGCAGGAGCCUCGCUACCUCGACGACAAUCGGUAUGCCGGUCCUUCGACUCAUCCACCGCCAAGCAACGUCGGCGGUCUUCCCACACAGGCGGAGCUGGACGCGUAUGGCCGGAUGUUCACCUGGGGCGAGCUCAAGGGGAUCAUCCAGAGCGGAGAGCUGGAGCAGUUGAUGCGGAACAAGGAAAUGCAGGCGAGGUAUGACAUUUGGAGUGCUGGGAUUAAGAAGGAAUAUGGGUCUACCGAGAACUAUCUCACACGCGCUCGAUUACCCUGGGCGCAGGCGACACCUCAAACCCCUCGUCCCACCUUUCAAGCCGAUCAAGAACACCCAUCUGAGAACAGGCUGGGCAGUACAGCUGCUGCAGGCGGCAGGUCGCAUGUCGAUUCCGGUACCUCUACUCCCUCAUCGGCCGGUUUCGUCAGCCUCGAAAGCCUCAAGGACCGGCUACACAGACAUAAGGGCGUCGAAGGCCAAAUGGCCGCAGAGAGGAACGGAGAAGCAGCGCGCUCUGCAGACGACGAGAAAGCGGACCCCCUCCCUGACUUUUUGCGGUUUGACCCGAAUGGCCUAGAUCCACACCGAUACGCCGUUCUCUUCAAUGACUGGCCAUACAAUGUACCAUACGGCGUGCGGCACUACUGCGUCUGGUCCAGAGUACCAAUAGCGCAUCCUGAUCUCGUCGAUUACGACACAGCCGCUUGGACACGCAUAGAAGCAGAGGGUCUUGGGGGCUUUACAGGCGUCACUCCCGUCUCCCGCGACAUCUUCGGCGAUGCCACUACAUCCGACACACCAUCAUCUGCCGGACCUCGUCCGUUGCAGCUACCUGUACCUCUCCCCAAGCGCAUCCCGCCCAAACAGAAGCACGAGUGGCACUCUGUCGACUGUAACUUCGCGGGAGCGGAGCUGAGGCGAUGGGCUGGGGUGGAGUACCAGAGCCAGGGCGGACAAGAAGUGGGUGCGAUGGUCAGGAGCCUCUGGGAUGAGCGGGGAUGGGAGUGCCUCUGGUUUGUCAAUCCGCCUCGUCUUCAGUCCGUCCCUGGCUUUUCGCACUUUCACGUUUUUGCGCGUCGUAAAACGCCGGAGGAGAUCGAUGCGAGCGAAAUGGUGUGGGGACCAUUGGCUUGGUCACACUGA